AGUUUCGAUCAGUGUAAUGACCCACAUAUAGUGACGAGCAGAAUUAGUCAAGACACUUUUGUGAAUGGAGAGUUUGUAUCCCUUUUUUCACUAUCUUUGAUUUGGUGGAGAGGGGAAAACCUGGACUAAGACCGGCAAAAUGAGGCUCACCACGAGAGCUGAAGAAGUUGAGCACGACAACUUGUCCGAUUACCUGGACGCAAUAGACGCACCCAUAAAACGGGCUACGGACGCACUCUUGGCCGACCAAAAAGAGGAUGGUCAUUGGGUGUACGAAUAUGAAUCGGACGCAACGUAUCCUGCCGAAUACAUCUUCAUGGCUCGCUUUCUAGGCGAAACGCCGAACCUAGAGCUGGAACAAAAGAUCGCGCGCUACUUGCGACGCACACAACUUCCGGACGGAGGGUGGUCACUCUACGCCAAGGGUCCGACGUCGAUCCACUCAAGCGUGUGCGCCUACUUGGCCCUCAAGAUGAUCGGCGACUCCCCAGAUGCAGAGCAUAUGAUUCGCGCCCGCAAGGCGGUCCUAGCAGCGGGCGGCGCGGAAGCCGCAAACGUCCUCACACGUAUUCGCCUCGCUUUGCAAGGUAUAAUCUCAUGGGAUGCUGUACCCGCAAUACCCCCAGAGAUCAUGUAUCUGCCGAGAUGGUUCCCAUUUCACUUGUCGAGGGUGGCAUGCUGGGCCCGCACCAGCAUUGUACCACUGGCAGUGCUCAGUACAAAGCGAGCGGUCGGGAGACCUCACGGCGUUCGCAUUGACGAAUUGUUCCAUUGCCCGCCCAAGCAGGUCGGCUUGUUGCCGCGCGCACCACACCAAAGCACCUUAUGUUUCUCAUUCUUCAGCGCUGUGAACACCAUCUUGCGUUCGGUCGAGCCGCUCAUUCCGCCAAAAUUGCGCCAGAGAGCAAUCGACCGGGCGGUGUCAUGGGUUGAAGAUCGAGUACGACCCGGACAAGGCCUCUUCGCUGCCACAUUCAUGUCUAUAAACGCUCUAUUUAUGUUUGACGCGCUCGGUUACCCGCCAACUCACCGGAGCCGCGCCAUCUUGCGGAAGUUCGUUGAGACGUCAGUCCUUGUUCGCGACGAAGAGGCCUACGUCCAAACAUGUUUGUCUCCCACGUGGGACACGCCGCUCGUGGCGCACGCUCUCCUGGAAACGCGCGAGCCACGCGCUGCGAUGGCCGCACGGCGCGGACUUGAGUGGCUGCGCCCGCGGCAGAUUCUGGACGUGCGAGGCGAUUGGGCCGUGAUGAAACCCAACUUGCUCCCCGGAGGCUGGCCGUUUCAGUAUGGAAAUUGUUCCUACCCGGACAUCGACGAUACGGUGAUCACUGUGCUGGCAAUGCACCGUGCAGAUCCGAAGGCAUUCGCCGAGUCGAUAAAGCGAGGGCGCGACUGGGUGGUCGGUAUGCAGACCGCCAACGGAGGCUGGGCCUCUUUCGAGGUCGACAACACUGACUACUGGCUGAAUUACCUCCCGUUCUCGGACCACAAUUGGACCAUCGAUCCUCCCACCGCGGACGUAACUGGCCGAUGUCUGUCCAUGCUUGGGCAGCUAGGUGAGCUGUCGGAAACAAGUGUACCGUCUCGCCGCGGGCUGGACUUCCUCCUCAACGAGCAAGAGACCGACGGCAGUUGGUUUGGAAAAUGGGGCAUUAAUUACACCCAUGGUACUUGGAGUGCGUUAUGUGCGCUAAAUGUGAUGGGUAUCCCCCACGAUGAUCCGAGGAUGAAGCGUGCAGUGGAAUGGCUUGUCUCAGUCCAGAACGAAGACGGGGGGUGGGGGGAGGAUGCGUGCAGCUACGAGCGUGGUCACUACGUGGGGGCACCCAGUGCUCCAACGCAGACAUCUUGGGCGCUGCUCGGGCUUAUGGGUGCUGGUGCCGUCGGCCAUCCUGCGACGGCGCGUGGUAUUGGAUGGUUGAUCAAGACGCAGUGUGGACAUGGCCUAUGGGAAGAGGAAUGCGACAACGGGGUUUGUGCACCGAUCCUUCCCUUUCAUCACCACCAUGGCUACUACAGGUAUUUUCCACUUUGGGCUUUGGCGCGGUAUCGAAAUCUGAGACUCGACGGCACAACCCGCGUUUCGCUCGGGUUGUGAAACUUUGUCGAACACAUGCUCUUCCUGGCCGUUUCGGCCAGAACUCUGCUUUUGGCUCCCGCCGCUGGAGCUGUGGCGCGAAGUGUGAAUUUAACAAUUUUGCAGUCUCGGCAAAAAACAAAUAUAACUGUCUGUUGUCGAUGAAAACGAACAAAUUUAAUGUGAGCGAAUUCUUUUAAUAUGAAAACUCAUUUGCUUUUAGUAUUGUGGCUGUUUUAUUUUUUAUUUAUUUAUUUUUUUUCAUUUUUAUCAACAGCAGACGAUUAUGUUUGUUUUUGGCUGAGACUGCAAAAUUGUUGACUUUCAAAUAUUGCGCCACAGCUCUAGUGGCAGGAGCCGAAAUCCGAAUUCUGGCUGAAAGGGUCGGGAAGAGCAUACCUACGUUUCACUUACCUUUUGUCGAACAAGCAUAUCCACGAUGUCAAUAAUGGAUUCGUUAGACGUGUCGUGGGGCCAUCUAUCGAUUAUGUGAAGUCGUUGAGUGGUACAACACAAUGGAAUCUUCUCACCUGGCGAGCACUCGCGAUUUAUGAAAUUAAAGCUGUCUUUUUUUUUUAAAUAAAAAAGGAGCCAUAAAUUACCGCGUUAGUGCAUGCAAAAUCUCAACCGUAUGUUUAAGGAAUGUAAUAUUUAAUGCUUACUAUGUUCCUAUUUUAAAAUCCAACCUUACUGAUCUUACCAACCAAUCUUACUGGUCGAUAUUAUGCUUUAUUUUAACGAUUUUAAAAUAAAUAAAAAUUUCACCGAUCAACACUAUGUUUUAUUUUAACUACAAAAAUUCUCGCAAAUUCUCUCUUUUUGAAAAAAAUGUAGAAAAAACCAAAAAAAAUAAAAAACAGCAGAAAUAUGUA